ACAUCCGAGAAGCGAGCAAUUAUCGAGCAGAUCAGUUGAUUCAACCAGGGAGCUCGAGUGCGGUCGAUGUUCCCCAGAAAGGUCGGAGUAGUCUUGCUGCUGGCAAGAAACGCUCCUCCAGUCAGACGGAGGCCCCUCUACCACCGAGCAAGCGAUCUUGCUCUGCGUCACCAACCAUGGCUAGCGGUCCUGCACUGCCGAACCGGAAAGGGUUUUUGAUUGACCUCGACCUUGCCGUCACGGAGCAACGCGAGGAGGCCUCGGGAGCACAUGGGAAAACCGGGACAAGAGCCUUCAUGGCGAUCGGUGCCCUUCUGGGCGAGAAGCACUCGUUCAUGCACGACCUCGAGUCCUUCUUCUGGCGAAGCGAAAUCAUUCCCCAAUUCGACAAGUGGAAUUAUGCGGAUGCGGAAGAAUUAGCAAAGCUUAAGAUGGGCACGGUAUCUGACGAGGAUAUUUUUGCGAAGACUACGACGGAAUCCUUCACCAACUACUUUAAAGCUUUGAUUCCUUGGGUCGGUCGAUUACGAAGAGUGGUAUUCCCCAGUGGUGGUAGAUGGAAGAAAGAAGUCAGCGGGUUGUAUGCCUCUAUGCAGGAGGUCCUUCGUGAGGCCCGGAGAGACCUCGAUGCCGUAGCUAAUUGACAAAUACUUGAUGCGAUGGAAGUGACUGCUAAGAUCCCAAUCUCAUUUCAAUGCCGUGGAGCGUUGCUGCCUCCGUUCAGGA